CAACGAAAGCGGUGGUCCUGACGCUACAACCAAACGCAAAGAAAGCAGGUGAGGCAAAUCGCUACAUACAGUACGGAUAACCAGUUCCGGGGGUCCUACAGACAUGAGUUUUCCCAGUUGACCCCGUUCUUCCCUCCUCUCUAUUGGCGUUAGUUGAAGCUACAUAUUGGGUGCAGUAGAAUCUCGAUUGGCAGGAAAUGCCUUGGGACGGAUAAGGUGGAUGAGCGUGAGAUAUGAGCUCUAUUCUUCCCCCUACUGCGGGCUUUCGUGUUUGACUGAAGAUCCAUCUAUGGGGCGUUCCACGCCACUCACGACGUCUGCGUCUUUUCCCGUCCGACUGAUCAGCCAGUGGUCCGCAAGGGCAUGGCAUACGGGGAGCAAUGUGGUUGUAGGAUCUCGCGACCAUUACAUCGAUAAUGAAGGACUCCAUAUGUCAAUUGCACCAUCUCGAUUCGCUACCCAAGCAAACUACCACCAAAGGGGAUAUCUCCAUCAUCCAAAAUACACUUUUUCUGCCCCCCUCCCCCCCACUGUGCGAAAUCAACUUCAAAUCUACUACGCCACAUCUACCAUCUCAACCGCCGUCCAAUGGAAGAAGAUAUUAAGUCCCAAAAGCCUUCGUACUCCAACAUCCAUCCGCUUGAUUCAAGCGACAGAAAUACCCAUGGUGCGAGACAAGGGGAACGGGCUGGGAUAUGAAGCUCUCUGAGCCACCGCCACCAGAAUGUCACUCGGGGCAGAAGAAGAGAAUAUGAACGUUCAGGUAAAAGAAGCGAAACGGAAUGUGCAAGUGGUUAAUUCACCAAAACAGCAAACGGGACCGAAGGGUAAAGGCGAUGAAAC